UAUUUCAAAAGAGGAAACUGGCGGCAUCUCAAAAGAGAAAACUGGCGGCAUCUCAAAAGAGAAAACUGGCGGCAUCUCAAAAGAGAAAACUGGCGGCAUCUCAAAAGAGAAAACUGGCGGCAUCUCAAAAAAGAAAACUGGCGGCAUCUCAAAAGAGAAAACUGGCGGCAUCUCAAAAGAGAAAACUGGUGGUAUCUCAAAAGAGAAAACUGGCGGCAUCUCAAAAGAGAAAACUGGCGGCAUCUCAAAAGAGAAAACUGGCGGCAUCUCAAAAGAGAAAACUGGCGGCAUCUCAAAAGAGAAAACUGGCGGCAUCUCAAAAGAGAAAACUGGCGGCAUCUCAAAAGAGAAAACUGGUGGUAUCUCAAAAAAGGAAAGUGGCGGCAUCUCAAAAGAGAAAACUGGCGGCAUCUCAAAAGAGAAAACUGGCGGCUUCUCAAAAGAGAAAACUGGCGGCAUCUCAAAAGAGAAAACUGGCGGCAUCUCAAAAGAGAAAACUGGUGGUAUCUCAAAAAAGGAAAGUGGCGGCAUCUCAAAAGAGGAAAGUGUUAGUAAGAUGACCAGGAAUCGUACAAACAGGACUCUGAAUCACUUCAACAUUGAAGACCUAUUGGGGGGUCUCUGCAAUGAAGUGGUCAAGCCAUUUGCCUAG